AUGUCAAGCACAACUGCAUCUUCAACUACACCUACGGCAUCUGCUCCAGCCUCCCAAAUUAUACCAACUUCAUCACAAAACUUACUCAAUGACAAAUGGGAUGUAGUAUUGUCCAACGCAUUAAUCAAAACAGGAUUGGGUUUUGGCGGUGGUGUAUUGGCAUCUAUAUUAUUCUUCAAAAGAAGACAGUUUCCAGUAUGGUUGGGUAUCGGAUUCGGAUUGGGAAGAGGGUACUCUGAAGGCGAUGCUAUAUUCCGGUCAAACCACGGGUUGAGGACUGUAAAAGCUUGA